AGGGGCUUUUGUCUUUUCCGGGUUUAUUUAUCCUCCAAAACUUCUAAGGAGCCGCUGAAAGCUGCAUACUGAUUUUUUACAUAAUAUUAAUAUUUUUUCUCCAAUCCUAGAACGCUGAGUACACAAGCACUGACUUUUUAACUACUUCGUAGUAAAAAGAAAAAGAAGAUCAUAUUAAGGCGAGAUUUAUUUGGUAACAAAGACACGACCUCGAUUUGCAUUUGUCGCUCAAAAUAAGCAUAUUUGUUUUUCAGACCGUUGAGUGCUGGGAGGUGUUUUAUUCGCUUCGAUCGUUUCUUGUCCGAGGCAUCCUGCUAAAAAAACCGUGGCUUCCGUGUUUGUAUGUUAGUCACGAAGGAAAUCAAUAUUAUUGCUCUAUAUAACAAGUAGGCUCUCGCCCUCUACUUCUACGUUCUUUCUUGCUGCCAGUGCAAACGAGAAGCAGAAGCAGCAUAGAAUUAGAGCAUCGCGCCCGGUGCCGUUCGUCGCAGUUAUUAAGUAGUAGUCAUUCACUCACUCAAUUCAGUGUAUUAUCGGCAAAAAAAUGGCCCGCAGCUUCCUUCGUAGCGUCCUUGCAACUUCUGCCAGUGGAGGUUGCGUGUCUGUCUUCUACUUGCACGGAGAACUAUUUUUCGCAGCGCUGCUGAAAGUAUGGCGUGCUUAGACGUGACAAACUCAAGUGUUACAAAUAGAAUUAUGGAAACCUGCUAAAAGUCCAGCAUCUAGCCUGUUGUCACAGAUAAAUUGACGCGCAUGACAAGUUCAGGAGCUUCAAACCCGAUGAGAAUCUGGCGAAAUCUGUAUUGCGAAAAGCGCAGAGCUCUGGCUGCAUCCAUGACCAUGUUCCUCAUGCUCUUUAUUCAAUGCGAAAUCCAGAUUCUAUUGCAACGCUUGAGAUUGUCACACCUAAGCAGUUCAUAGGGAGGACAGGGAACUUCUGAAACGACGCGAGGCACUACCAGCUACUUUCUCCCGGCUGUGGCGGCCGUGCAGUUGCGGUCGUCUGCUGGGCCCGCAAGCAGGAGCAACAAUAGCGGCAAGGGCAACAAGAUGGGAGCUGGCGCGCUCGAUGAAGGGAACAGGACGGGGGGAGGAGGCAGCGGCGGGGACGUUCCUCGCGGCAGCCAGGAGGGGGCUGAUGAAUCUACCAAAAGUGGCGAAGGCUCCGAGGUGCUAAAUCUGCUAGCCGCAGGAAAGCUAGAGGAGGCGACCAAGUGUUUUUUCAGAAUGCUGGAGGGAAACGAGAGCCGCCGGCCUGGGGACCACGAAUACAAAUCGUUGCGAAAGGCGCUUUUCCGGCAAAGGGAUGUGGAUGGCGCCGAGAAAUUGCUCAAGGCCUGGUCCAGAAGAAGGGACCACACCAGGCAUUGCGCAAGGCCUUUAUCGCCCGGGCCCCAGAGUCGGCCGGCGGCGACGUCUCCUCAUCACUCUACGUCGCGCGUGGGAUGCGGGAAAGGCGAAAUUGCAGCCGGAGAACCGAUUACGCAUUGCAAAUAUGUGUGCGCCUGGAAGAGUGUGAGAUUUGUCAUGCGUGUCGCCGACGACCGCAGCCGCAAGCGCAAUCACUCUCUGGAAUGCGUGCGGAAGCAUCGCAGAUCUUGUUGCGAGACCCUCCUCAUGCCUACGCAUGAAAACUCCGCCUGUUGUCUAGCCAGAACUUGGCAAAUGUUGGCGCUCAUGCAAUACAGAUUGUUUUGAGAUCCUCGAGACCGAGCACCAUGAAAAGCUCCAUUCUUCCCGACCCAGACACAUUUGCAAUGCAUACGUGGCGCUGAUUGUCGUUCGAUAAAGGGAACGGGACGCGGACGAGGCAGCGGCGGCAAAGGUGGCGGCACAGGGCCGGAGUCUCGUCGUAGAUCCACGUCGCGCGUGGGACGCGGGAAAGGUGGAAGUGCAGCUGGAGGACCGAUUCCGAUUUCCAUCAGCGAGAGCCUGGCUGGCGGGGAAGCGGAGCAUGCAGCUGGAGGACCGAUUUCGAUUUCCAUCAGCGAGAGCCUGGCUGGCGGGGGAGCGGAGCAUGCAGCUGGAGCGGGACCGCUUAUGCGUUCCACAGGCGACGGCCUGUCUGUCGGGAAAGGUGGAAAUGCAGCUGGGGGACCGGUUAUGCAUUGCAAAUAUGUGUAUGUCUGGGUCUGGAAGAUGAGUGCGAGAUUUGUCAUGCGCGGACCGCACGCAUUCACAUUGUCUGGAAUGCGUGCAGGAACAUCGCAGAUCUGGCGAGACGACCCUCCUCAUGCAUUUGCAUAUUGAUUAUAUUCCGCAUGAAAAAUCCGCCUGGUGUCGGCAAAUUUUGGCGUUCAUGCAACACAGAUUUUUAUUUUGAGAUCGAGACUGAGCACCAUGAAAAGCUUUAAUCUUGUUCCAGACCCAGACACAUUUGCAACGCAUACGUGGCGCUCGCGACUGUGCUCGUUGUAUCAAGUGCAAGUUGUAUGUCUGGGUCUGGAGGCGCGCAAGCUUCUUGUCAUGCUUGUCUCACAUGACCCUGAAAUGUCUAAUGCAUGAACAGGAAAGCAGCAUCUUACCUGUCAUGCAAAAAUGCAGUUUUUCAUUUGGGAAGCGCAAUACAUAAAGGCUAAGAAUAAACUUGUUAUGCGCGGCUGCGUAACGCAGUGCGCCCACCAUUCACAAACCUGCUCACAAGUUCCCGGAUCCAGACAUGCUUGCAGCUCAUACAACCGACAAGCAAAUACACUGGAUUAUUCAAGACACCGGUUUCGAUGUUUGGGACGCAGAUGCAAAAAUGCACCGAGGAGGGCGAUGCUCUCGGCGCAGAUAGCAUCUUCAACAGCAUGCUAACCGUGGCGCCGAGUGUCCACGAGUGCAACUUGCUCAUGAAGAAGCACGCUAGAUGUGGCGACGGCCCGAGCGCCGAAAGAGUUCUUGGCCAAAUGAUGGCGACAGGCGUGAAACCGAACCAACGCAGCUACAACAUUGCGAUCAGCGCUUAUGCGAAAUGUGGCAACGCUGAGGACGCGGAGCGGCUUCUGGAAAGUAUGCAGAGCGCAGGCCUGCGCCCGAACGUCGUCAGCUACAGCACCCUGAUGGACGCUUACCGGAAAAGCGGCAAUGCUGAGGGCGCAGAGGAGACCCUACAAAAGAUGAUCGACUCAGGUGUGGCGCCGAACGUCGUCAGCUACAGCACCCUGAUGGACGCUUGCGCAAAAAGCGGCAACGUUGCGGGCACAGAGGAGGCCCUACAAAGGAUGAUCGACGCAGGCGUGGCACCGGAUGGCGCCGCCUACAACACUUUGAUCAGUUCCUACGCUAGGAGCGGAAAUGUUGAAGCCGCGGAGGCAGCUUUCAUAAGGAUGGAGACUGCAGGCUUGAAACCGAACGAAAUCAGCUACAGUGCCGUGAUUGACGCUUACGCGAAGAGGGGCGAUGCUGAGGGCGCAGAGAGGGUUCUGGAAAAAUUGGAGCGCGCGCCAGGCCUGCGCCCGGACGUCGUCAGCUACAACACCGUGAUUGGCGCUUACGCGAAGAGGGGCGAUGUUGAGGGCGCAGAGAGGGCUCUGGAAAAAUUGGAGCGCGCGCCAGGCCUGCGCCCAAACGUCGUCAGCUACAGCACCCUGAUGGACGCUUACGCGAAAAGCGGCAAUGCUGAGGGCGCAGAGGAGGCCCUACAAAAGAUGGUCGACGCAGGUAUGGCGCCGAACGCCGUCAGCUACAACACCCUGAUGAGCGCUUGCGCAAAAUGUGGCAACUGGAAGGGCGCAGAGGCCUCCCUACGGAGGAUGACUGAAGUAGGCGUGAAGCCGAAUGCCUUCGCCUACAACAUUUUGGCCACUGCCCACGCUAAGAGUGGCAAUGCUGAGGGCGCAAAGAGGGCGCUGGAGAAGAUGGAGCGCGCAGGCCUGCGCCCGGACGUCGUCAGCUACAACAUUUUGGCCAAUGCCCGCGCUAAGGGUGGCAAUACCCAAGCCGCGGAGGAAACUCUGACAGAGAUGGAGGCCGCAGGCCUGCAGCCGGACGUCUUCACCUUUACCGCGGUAAUGAGCGCGUUCGCCGAGGGAGGCAACCCCGAGGGUGUGGAGCGUAUUUUCGAAAGGAUGAACCGCGCGGGGGUGGUGCGGGAUGUCGGUCCCUACAACGUUAUGAUAAGGGCGCACGUAAAAAACGCGGGCCGCGACGCGAGAAGCGACAUUGAGAUCAGCGAGGACCUUGCGAGAGUCUUAGAGCAGCUCUCUCAGGACGAACAUGUGGGAGGGCCUGACGCAACGACCUUCCUUUUCCUUUUCAAUUACUAUGUGGAGAAUGGCCAGCAAGAGCGCGCCAGACAACUUCUCGACUUGAUGAACCAAGCGCUCCUUUAAGUUAUAGUGUGGCUCUGACUUCUUCAUCUCUAUCGCCAUCCAUGAUGUGCAAUAGCGUCAUCAUCCGACUACAGACAUUUUCCAAUACUCGCUUGCAUUUUGUCGCGUUACAUCAAUCAGGAUAAGAAUGUCCUCGAUUUCGCAUGUGGUUGCACUAGGUAGCUCGAACUAUCUGUGUGUGAUUGCUUACUGCCAGACAAAGUUAUCGCAGGACACGCCUCUUUAUUCUCGCUGAUGUCUUUUCUAUCAUCUUUAUCUUUAUUGAUUUCAUAAUUAGUUUUGCCAAACUUCCCUUUGGGAUUUUAGUUUUCAACAUGAUUAGUUUUGACAAGUUAUAGCUAUUUUGUUUUUUCAACAUUUACUAGUUUUGAUUUUAUUUUUACCACAUUGCCGAAGAAGCGAGCACCCGAUUGAUUUUACCACAUUCCCGCUGCGGAAGAAUCAAAGCGAUUUGCGUUCCGAGAGAAGCACUGUCUAUGAGAAGCAAGUGCAGUAGCAGUUGCGAAGUAUUAUAAUCUGUCACGUCGGAUGAACGUAUAAAACAGAUAAUUAGACUAGCUCUUAGAUUUGUCAUCCGACUCGCCUGGUUCCCCUGCUAGUCUAGUGAUCUGCCUAGUUUCCUUUAAGGUUUAAAAGCAAAAGAAGGUCAUAGAGUAGCGAUGUAAUUUGUAAUGCACUACACGAGCGGAAAUUGCUGCUUUUGCCUUCAUCCGACUCGCCUGGUUCCCCUGCUAGUCUAGUGAUCUGCCUAGUUUCCUUUAAGGUUUGAUAGCAAAAGAAGGCCAGAAAAUAGCGAUGCAAUUUGUAAUGCGCUACACGAGCGGAAACUGCUGCUUUUGCCUUCAUCCGACUCGCCUGGUUCCCCUGCUAGUCUAGUGAUCUGCCUAGUUUCCUUUAAGGUUUGAAAGCAAAAGAAGGUCAUAAAGUAGCGACGUAAUUUGUAAUGCACUACACGAGCGGAAGCUGCUGCUUUUGCCUUCAUCCGACUCGCCUGGUCCCCUUGCUAGUCUAGUGAUCUGCCUCGUUUUCCUUUAAGGUUUGAAAGCAAAAGAAGGCCAUAACGACGAACGACUUAUACUAGCGAACGACUGCACUUUGAAAAUGAUCUAUUUGUAAGCUCAUACGUACCGCCUAGCUCCACUCUAUUUCUAUGUUUUUGCACUGUCUUGUACUUGCUCUGCUUUGCUUGUGUUUUGAAUUCUGGCUGACACCUGAACUACUAUGUGGAGAAUGGCCAGCAAGAGCGCGCCAGACAACUUCUCGACCUGAUGAAGCAAGCGCUCCUUUAAGUUAUUAUAGUAUGGCUCUGACUUCAUCUCUAUCGCUAUCCAUGCUGUGCAAUAACGUCCCCAUCCCGGUGGAGUUGUCAUGCAAACCUGCAUGCCUAAAAGGCUCAUGGUCAUGCGCAGCCACAUGACAGACAUUUUCUAAAUAUUAUCUGGGAGUUUGUCGCGUUCGAAUCAGGAUAAGAGUGUCCUCGAUUUCGCAUGCGGUUGCACUAGGUAGCCCAAACUAUCUGUGUGUGAUUGCUUACUGCCAGACAAAGUUAUCGUAGGACGCGCCUCUUUAUUCUCGCUGAUGUCUUUUCUAUCAUCUUUAUCUAUAUUGAUUUCAUAGCUAGUUUUGCCACACUUUCCUUUGGGAUUUUUGUUUUCAACAUAAUUAGUUUUGCCAAGUUACUUAUAGCUAUUUUGUUUUUUCAACAUUUAUUAGUUUUGAUUUUUACCACAUUGCCGAAGAAGCGAGCACCCGAUUGAUUUUACCACAUUGCCUCUGCGGGAGAAUUAAAGCGAUUUGCGUUCCGAAAGAAGCACUGUCUAUGAGAAGCAAGUGCAGUUGCGAAGUAUUAUAAUCUGUCACGUCGGAACUAUAAAACAGAUUAGAUUAUCUCUUGGAUUUGAUGUUGUGUGAUUUUUUACAAAACACAAACAGAAGUAACUGCCUGCAGUAGAAAAUGAUAUCAACAUAUUAACAACAAGACACCUUUUUGGAACGGGACUCAGUGCAGCCGUGGAGUUAUCUGCCAAAAAAGACUGAAACAUCUGAGAGGUGGCUGAAGACACCCAGGGCGACAAGGGUACCCAGGGCGGUAGGCUUUGAGCAUGAUUUUCGGUCUUGAUACUCAAAGCAAUACUUUAGAACUUGGCUAGAUAUCAUAGGCAACGACAUGUGUGAGCACGCGAGGAAGCAGGAUGAGAUUACAAAAAAGUAGAACUACUUGAGUCGUUGUUGUGCUAUACAGAUCGCUCAACACAGUCGCGCAGCACAGCUAUCGAAUCGCUCACAAUCGUGCUAACACUACUAGCACGAAAAACCCGAAAUACCUAUGCUACGUGAACCAUUCAGGUGCAUUACAAAGUAUUUAUUUUGUUAUCACUCAGAAGGGUCAAGCUGAAGUGAUUUUUUGAAUCGCAGACCUUCAUGCAAGAGAAGUAAGGGGAUGAAAUAAAGCGACUUUGAGAUGUUGUGGGGACGGGACGAGAGCAUAGUCGUGAUUGGCGGAGCCUCUUACUCUAACCCUCGAUAGACAGACGCUAGACGUUGUGUUAGUUUUGCAAUUGUUUUGGAAAAAAUCGAAU